GAUUGAGAAGAGCCUUUUUCUAGUCCAGGGCCAUGGCCAGCUCUGCCUUCCCCCCAGGGCUACCACCUCGGGGUCCUUAUUACAUCCCAGGGUACACUGGACACUGUCCACAACUUGGGUUCAGCCUCGGGAAGACCUAUGGACAACUGACUGGACAGUUGCUGCUGUCUGGUCCCUCUGGCCUACCCUGGCCCCCUGCCCACCGCAUGCUUCUGCCCCCGAUCAAUAAUCCUGGAUCUCCUGGGACAGACAAGCAUUCCUGGCACGGACAUGAGAGGAUUAAGUCCAACAUGAUCCCAGGGUACACAGGCUUUGUGCCCCGAUCUCAGCACAUCUUUGCCAAGAGAUGCACUCAGGUAUGGGCUGAAGCUUUGAGGGACUUCACUAGCCAUCUAGGUACAGGGUAUAAAGAGCUGCCAGAGGCUGAGAAGAAGGAGUUGGAGUGUAAGACACAGCAUGAGAAGUCUGAGCCAGAAAAGCACCUGAAGCUGGAACUGGAGCCAGAGCAAAAAACAAAAGUCUCCCCCUAUUCCAUGGAUGACAAAGAUCCUGACAAGUUCUUCAUCUCAGGGUUUACUGGAUAUGUGCCAAGAGCCCGUUUUCACUUUGGGUCUACUUUCCCUAUCCUCACCAAUCAGGCUCUGCAGGAAUUUGGGCAGAUGUGCCCCGGAGCCAGGGGUCAGAGGGACCCUAAGCUUCUUCCCAGCCUUUCCAGGACCUACUUACAGAAUUUAGGCAUGGUGCCCUACUACAAGGGUUAUGUGCCGGCCUCCCUUGGCUCCACAGGCUGUAAGUUCCAGUUCGGUCACACCUAUGGGAUUCUCCCCCAUGAGGCUCUGAGCCUCAGAAACUUCCAGAAGCAGCUCCAAUCCUACUUUCCCCAAUGCCAGGCAUACUGA